UUUGUUUGGGGGACGUUUGAAUGAUUCUUUUUCGAUCACCAAAAACACGCGGAAUUGGUGCCGGUCGAUGGGUGACAACGCUCCGCAUCGGACAAGUAUCAGCAAAGAUCUGCGUCAGUGUUGAGACGUUGAUUGAAUGCAAUCGGAGCUGAUGGAGGACGAAUCUCAUUUGAACUCAAUCCCUGCUGGACAAUCGGCCCAGCAAAGAACACCUUCUCCAUCCCGCUGCGUUGAUUUAAAUGUUUUUAGCUCUUCAAUCAAAUCAGAUUCCUUUUUAAAUUCUACCUCUGCCAAACAUUCGUUACCGCAUAUUUCGCUCGGCACGUUUAACAUGUCCACCUCCUCGCCAGUCUCGUCUCCUCCGCAGGUGCGGCAAGCGUCUUCGGUAGCGUCGUCAAAUCGUAACGGACUGACUGGACUACCAAAAGUUGGCCGCCACCGACCGGUUGUGCGUAGCCAAAGUUCGCGGAUCUCGCUCCUACGCCAGCCUCCGCCUAGUGCAUCUAGCCUCACCAGCGGAAACGAGGAAGAACAUUUCUCCAUUCCGGAAAGGUACGUCGAGUUUCGUGGCAGGAGUUGCAAUCGUUGUUGGUGGUGGAUCCCAUUGACCGUCAUUACGUCGAUCAUCGUCACGGCUGCCAUCAUCUGGUUAUUCCAACCUUACGGAUUAUUUGGUUACCCAGAAUACCCGAACGCUACAUCGCCCGAAGAACAGGAGCAAGGUGAAGUAUGCACGACUCCUGCUUGCGUCAAAGCGGCAGCGCGUCUACUUGCUCGUCUCGACCCGUCGAUUGAUCCCUGCACGGAUUUUUACCGUUUCUCGUGCGGCCGUUUCCUUGAUACCUACAGCGUCCCAGACGACUCUAAUCAGCUUUCAACCCUGCAGGAAAUGCAAGAUGAAAUGUUGCUGUCUACUCGAAAAGUGCUGGAGCAGCCGCACGAUGGCGAUGCUAAUGUCAACGGAUCCAUCCGGAAAAUCAAAGAUUUCUACGCUUCGUGCAUGAGUCCGCAUUUGGACGAUGCGGAUUUUGGCAACGUUAGCGAGUUGCCACUGUUUGCUUUCCUACAACCGGGCGAACUAGGUGCUUGGCCGUUGCUCAUGCUCGAGCCCGGCGACCGGCCACACGAUCAUGCGUCACUCGAGCACCUGAUCGGGACUUUGGCUGCGCUCCAAGUCCAUAGCUUUGUUGACAUUUACGUGACGCAGGACGAGAGGAACUCGUCUCAGUACAUCCUUCAGUUUUUUAAAGGUGAGCCACUGAUGGAAAAAGAUUGGUAUGACGUGAGCAGGAAUGAGACGGCGGCCAGACAUCUACGCUGCCUUCGCUCUUACCGCAACCUCAUGGAGGAAACUAUCCUUCUUCUGAGUGGCGGUCGGCGUGAGCCACUUGACGAACUCGACGAUAUGCUGGCCUUUGAGGCCCGCUUUGCAAAAAUUUCCAGUACCUUCUGCGCUGAUGGUGACUUGAUUUUGGACCCGACCAACGACUCGAAUCGCACUACAAGUAACAACGAAGAUCUGGAGAAUGCUGCCUUCCAUCACGAUACCAUCGUCGAACAUCGGUUGAAUCUCUCCGAUAUGGAGACCCAAUUUCCUGCGAUCAACUGGACAGCAGCGGUGGAGACUCUCCUUCGAGCGACUGGCUUAAGCGAUAAAGAUCGGGCAGCUUUGCUGUUGUCUGACAUGCCCGUCAGUCUGCAGUGUCGCGACUUCCUACCCGAACUGGGCAACCUCCUCACUACGACACCAUCCAGGACCGUGACCAACUACUUGAUAUGGCGAUUCGUCUAUAAAUCAAUGCCGCUCAUCACGACGCGCUUCCUCAAGAUGUGGACCAACUUUAAGCAGAGCGUGCCCAAUUUGGGCGAGGAGCGCAUCUAUCUCACGAGGUGGAAGCAGUGCGUCGCAUUAGUUAAUGAAGGUUUUGGAUUAGUGGCCGCUCAUCUUUACGUUACCAAAAUGGCCUCAAAUUGGACCAACACUUGGAUUCUGCGGCUGAUCGACGAACUAAAAGAGGCCUUCGGCGCCAGCAUCACACGCCAAGAAUGGAUCGAAGAAGAGAUGACUCUACGUCUACUGGAGAAAUUGGAGGCAAUGGGCUCCAAGAUUGGCUAUCCCAACAAAAUUCUCAACCUGACUCAGUUGGAUCUCGAUUAUCAGGAGCUUCACAUUGACAACGGUCACAUUUUGUUCAACGUCAUGCGUAUAAGGCGUCACGAAGUCUGGCGCGAAAUUCAAAAAGUCUUUCAGCCUCCACCUAAAGAGAAAGAAUGGCUAGUUCAACCGCUGGUCGUCAAUGCCUUCCACAAUCCAUCGACCAACGAGAUCAUUUUUCCACUAGGCAUCCUUCGUGAGCCUUUCUUCAACCUAGACCUACCGAGGUACAUGACGUACGGCAAUCUAGGAGUCGUGAUUGGGCAUGAAAUUGUUCACGGUUUCGAUGUCAACGGACGGAGGUACGAUCGGCACGGCAACAUGACACAAUGGUGGAGCGAGUCGCUAAUGCGCGAUUUCAGUCAGCGGGCUGACUGUUUCAUUCAGCAGUACGCCGCCUUCACCAUCGACCACAUCGAUAAACCGGUUGACGGAAACAGAACACUGGGCGAAAAUGUAUGCGACAGUGGUGGUCUGGCCCAUGCGUGGACAGCAUAUAAAUCAAAUUCAAGAGCCAUAGGCGAGGAGAGACAUAGACCCGAGUUGCGACUGCCAGGUGUCAACUACACCGACGACCAACUUUUCUUCAUCACUUAUGGACAGAUUUGGUGCGAGGUGCUUAAUGCUGAUGGCUACGAGAAGUACACCAAAGAAGCUCAUAGUCCGGGCAAGUACCGUGCCAACGGCGUCCUUCAAAAUAGUCCUACUUUCUCUGAAGUGUUCCAUUGUCCAGCCGACAGUCCGAUGAACCCAGUCAACAAAUGCCAACUCUGGAGCUAAUGACAAACACAGUAAGUCAAACAAAAAAAAACCUUUUAAAGACUGUUGGGGCGUUGACAGCCGAACAAAAGGCUUUUAACGCAAUGUUUGGCAACAAUUUCUUACUGGCUGUCAAAAACUAUAGAUUGUUGAUCAUUUUUCUUGUAUAGUCGAUUCCUUGUCAGUUAAAAUCAAAUCUAAAAAAAAAAAAUUUUUUUAAUGCAUGGCGACAUAUUCUCAAUUAUGUACACGUCAUUCAAUUUCUUUUUGUCUCUGAAACGUUUAAACUAAGUCAAAUCAUUUUCAAAGCGCAAAAAGAAAAUUGUUAUUCUGCUAUCACUAAAAAAAGUUGCUCUCUCACGCUCUUAAUUCUUUAUUUUUUACAUUGCGUUCGCUGUGUUAGUUUCGUCACGUUUGACAUGGUACUGCACCAUUGAAACCUAGUGUAUAUUUUUGAAAUCAUGGAAACACCCAUUUCUUCUCCCGUCAGCUUGCCAACCAAAUUUGUCAACUCCUUUCUACUCUCGUUUUUUUUAACCAAAAAAAAAAAGAAAAACGUGAUUGGUGUUAUGAACAAUUCAAUCUAAUCGUGAAUGUUUACAUUUGAAAAAACUUAGUUUCAAUUUCGUGAAUAUAAUCAUUGUCUCACAUCCCUCGGUUGACUAUUGAAUAGCAAACGUGACUGAUACGUAAUUGGUAUACUGUAUAUUUCGAAUAUGUCGAGAAUGCAAAUAACAAUUUCAGUCAGCAAGUUAUCGAAA